UGAGUCAUAAAGCUGAAGAGCACAUGCUCCGUCCUUCCAUGGUUGGGGCUUACUCGGAACAAAAAGGUUCCUUGAAAGCAACUUUUUGAUCCAUAUAACCAUAAGAAGAAGGCGUUGCUCUACCACUCCAUUCCAUUCCCCACAAGAGAGAGAGAGAGAGGGAGAGGGGAGCCGAAGGCAUGGAGAGCAAGCACACCGACCAGGCAAACGUGAAGGCGAAGCUCAGCACCAUGCACUCGAAGGUGAUCUGUUGCAAGCUCUACAUCUCUGAAAGCCAAAAUGCGGCUGUUGUCGAUGCCAUCAGCCGCAUAGGCCAGAAAGACCCUGAGGUGGUUCUACUCAACAAGUUCGAGGAUGAGUACUACAACCGUGUCCGCUACACGCUUGUCUCCUACAUCACCAACGAAAGCUCGACUGGUGGAGCUGUAUUUAGCCCAAUCAGGAAGGUACUGCUGGCGAUGAUCGAGGCUGCAUUUUCAGCCAUAAACCUCGAAGUGCACUGUGGAACUCAUCCAAGGAUUGGUGUCGUCGAUGACAUUUCAUUCCACCCCUUGAAUCAAGCGGACACAAUAGAGGAUGCUGCUCAGCUGGCUAAGCUGGUAGCCUCUGACAUUGGCAAUGGCUUGCAAGUUCCAGUGUUCCUAUAUGCGGCAGCACACCCCACCAGCAAGAGCGUCAGUGCAGUCCGGCGUGAGCUCGGCUACUUCCGGCCAAACCACAAGGGCGUCCAAUGGGCAGGCCCGGUGCUCCCUGAUACUCUACCGAUGAAGCCAGAUGUGGGCCCAGUUCACGUUCCUCGUGAAAGAGGCGCCACCAUGGUCGGAGCUCAACCUUUGGUCGAGAGCUACAAUGUGCCGAUAUUCUGCAAGGAUGUCCCAACCGUGAGAAGAAUCACCCGGAGGGUGACUGGACGGAGCGGAGGGCUCCCGUCAGUACAGGCACUUGCGCUUUUCCAUGGCGACAAUUGCACGGAGAUCGCAUGUUUUUUGCUGGAUCCAGACCACGUCGGCGCCGAUCGGGUUCAAUGGCUGGUGGAGCAGAUUGCAGAGGAGCAAGGGCUUGAAGUUGAAAAGGGCUAUUUCACUGACCUGUCAAAGCAUAUGAUGCUAGAAAGGUACUCCGAGAUGGUUUCUGCAGCUGACUGACAUGUCAACAGUUUUCUUGGCAGAUUAUCAUUCAUGUAAUUGCAUUUCAUGCCGCUGAUCGACACUCUUGUAAACAUGCAUGUCUGCACUUCCAUGGAUGCUGCAGUUUAAACUGUGGCACCAACUUGGACUCCGGACCGACCAGUUCCAACAUUUUGUAUAUACUUAGUUAUAUCUGCACUAUGGUUCUCUGGAAACUUCGCUGCAGUAGUUGGCGCAUAACAGGUCUGAUCACUGAAUGAGAAUGUUGUUUUCAGUAA